AUGCCCGAGGUGAAACGUUGUCAUGUUACUCAGCAGCAUCUAAGCUUCAUUGACCCACGCGGGAGAGAGGUGAGUUCGAGGCCGCUGUGUUGCAAUUCUGAGUUCCCUUGUGGACAACUUCUAAAGAUGGCUUUGCGUAUGCGUUUGAUCUUUCCCUAUGCUGUAUCUGGAGUACUGGCUCUUAUCGGUUGUUGGUGGUUGUUUUCUAGGAAAAAAGAUCCGCGCAGUAAAAAACAUAAAAGUAUAACUGCCCCAUCAGAUAAAGUGCAGGUAGAUGAUGAUCAAAAGGAAUUUGUUCUCACACAAGACCUAGUAAGUUGUUUAAGGGAACAACCUGUGCUCCUGAACAGAACAGAUGCACCAAAAACCAGCUCUGUGUCAUCAGGAGAAUUAGGGAACUCCUUGAUUGAAUGCAUCUCUCUGGAGAGCAUUCAAAGAGAGCCCAAUAAUGAAAAUAUAGUUAUAUGUCCCUUAAAUGAGAUUAAAGAUAAUUCUGAAUGCUAUAACAUUGGGAAUAGCAAAGCAACUAAUGGCACAGCUGGCUCUGUAGAGGAUCUCUGUAUAUCCUCUGCUUCAGAUUCCACACAAACUCUGCUUAGUUUACCCAACGGAACAAAUGUAGCCGUGGCCCAUGAUGAUACUUCUGGGGGCUUUGAGGAAGCAAGCAAUAUUUUAUUACCCUGUGAAUCUGUUUGUGUAUCAAAGCUGGAUACCGAUUCUCUUAAGAUUGCUGCAGUAAAUGAAGACAUUAUUGGUGCAUAUGAACAGACAACCGUCACACCCGUAGAUGCUCUGUCGUGUGUAAUCGAAACAAUAAAUAAGACAUCCAAACAGCCAACAGAGGAUAAACCAUUACAUGUUGCAUCUGUAACAAAUGAAAAUGAGGAGCUGGAAAUUUUAACGCCUGGGCAAGACUGCAAUGGUGUCCUUGAGCAUAUUACUACAGAAGUGUGUUCUCAUCCUCUGGAUUUCCCAGAAAUCACUUUAACUGAUGAUUUGGAUGUGCAGCACACUAUUCAUGAAAGUGUCGAGGCCGAUGUUGAGGUUGAAGCAGUGGUCAAAAUGUCUGUCUCCAUACCAUUUUCCCUGUCAACUACAAAUGAAGGACACGUAAUAUUCGAGUCGGUUUCAAGAGUACAAGAGUGUCAACAACAAAAUCACUCUCAGCAAGAUACAAAUAGCGUUCAACCAGUUAAGGUGAUUGGAGGUGGGACUUUGGAGCAAGAAGGAAUGGACGCAUUACAGCAAGAUAAGGUAAACAAAGGUGAUACACUUAAUAGGGAUACGGAGUCUGUGAUACUGAAAAAAAUGGAGCCCCCAGUGUUAGUCAUGCUGCCUACCAGUUGUAUUGAGACUGUAAGUGCUGCUACUUUGAGUGAAGAUAAAUGCGCUGCUGUACUAAGUGCAUAUUCCCAUUGCUUAGAAAAAGCUGAAACGUUUGUGGCAUCGGAUGAUGUUGUGGCUGACAAUUCAAAAGGGAAUGCAAAACAGAUUUUUGGAGAUUAUGAUGCAAACAUGGUUGAACAGUUAGCAAUAAAUAUAAUUUCCAAGGUUAUUGUUGCUGCUAAACAGGAAAUCCUAUCUGGCAAAGUGAGUAAUAUAUUGGAAACCAGUUACCAAGAACAGGAUACAGGGAUUGAAGAUUCCCAGUUGCAAGAGGCCCAAAGUUCAGAAGAAAGCCUGGAGGUUAUACAAGAGCAGAAUGGUUUGGCUUCUGGUUUACAGAGUGCCAGUUUUACUGUAAAUGAUUUGACAUGUGAAUCUCUACAAACAGAACAGAAGGAUGCAGAAGUCGUAAUAAAUACAUUCAGCGUAAUUCAUGAUUUUUGCCCAGAGCAGCAGUCUAAAGAAGCAGAAUAUAUUGAAAAAGACUUUGUUCACAGGACGAAAAAAGAGCCUGACUUUAGUCCAGUUCACAAAGGUGUAGAUUCAUUUGAUGAAGCUCAUGAGAUCAUUGAUGACUCAAAUAUAAGUUCCUGUACAUCUGAAGAAGGGAUUUGCCUUGAGGAGCCGUUGCAGAGCACUGUGUUAUCAGGUGUUGGCAUGGGCUCAUAUGAUUCGCUGAGCACUUCAGGUAUUGAAACCACGCAAGAGCAAUUUAGUAUGUCCAGUGACCAAGUCAAAAAAUUUAAUCUAGUGGAAACCAAGAAUUUAUCUUACAGCAAUGGGGAUUUGAAGAGAACUUCCCCAGAUUUAAAAAAUGAAUGUCAAUGGAUACCCGAAAAUGAAGUGGAUCACUCGGGAGGGUCAGAUGUAAAUAGCAUGGACUCUGUGGACAGUGGCUGUGCUCUUAAAAAGACCGAACCACUUCAGCAUGUGAAGGGAGAAGACUUAAAAAAAGCAGAGCUUGUCAUCUGGGAGAUUGAAGUGCCAAAGCAUUUGGUUGGUAGAUUAAUAGGGAAACAAGGCAGAUUUGUGAGCUUUCUGAAGGAAUCAUCUGGUGCCAAAAUUUACAUUUCAACCUUGCCUUACACUCAAGACUUCCAGAUAUGCCACAUAGAAGGUUCCCGGCAGCAGAUUGACAGGGCGCUUGCUCUUAUUGGCAAGAAAUUCAAAGAACUGAAUCUCACCAACAUAUAUGCUCCUCCACCAUGCUUAGCAUUGCACUCUCUUCCUAUGACAUCUUGGCUUAUGCUCCCAGAUGGUGUUACUGUUGAAGUCAUUGUGGUUAAUGUGGUCAAUGCCGGACAUAUGUUUGUACAGCAGCACACACACCCUACAUUUCAUGCCCUUAGGAGCUUGGACCAGCAAAUGAACCUCUGCUACUCACAACCUGGAAUUCCAACCUUGCCUACCCCAGUGGAAGCUGGAGUUAUCUGCGCAGCACCUGCUGAAGAUAAUGCAUGGUGGAGAGCACAGGUUGUAGCCUAUUUUAAAGACUCUGAAGAAGUAGAAAUAAGAUACGUCGACUAUGGUGGAUAUGAAAAAGUAAAAGUUGACAUACUGAGGCAGAUCAGGUCAGAUUUUGUUACACUACCCUUCCAAGGAGCAGAAGUUUUACUGGACAAUGUGAUUCCACUUGCAGAAUCGGAUCACUUUUCCACAGAGGCAGAUGAAGCUGCAACUGAAAUGACAAGGGGCACGGCACUGCUUGCACAGGUUACAAAUUAUGAUGCUGCAACAGGGCUUCCUUUGAUUCAGUUGUGGAGUAUGAUGGCUGAUGAGGUGGUGUCAGUCAAUAGAACUCUUGUGGAAAGAGGCUUUGCGCAAUGGAUGGACAGCUUUUAAACUAGCAGCCGGAUUUCUUUUACAGCCAUUUUCUAAAGCAACAACACCCCUCCUUGUACUGUAUUAGGCUUGGCACUCCAUAAAUUACUUUUUUUUUUUUUUCUCCCCAUUUUUCUCCUCUUUAGUGCACUCCAGUUUUCAUACUGCGUUGACUUCAUGUACUUUCUUUCACAUGGUCUGUGAAUAUUUACAAAAACAGACGACUGAAGGAUUGACAAAUCAAGCCAUACUACUUACAGCUUUAAAAUCUUUUUGGCGGGUCUUGCAUUAGUUGGUGUGUGUGUGCAAUAAAAUAGGCAUCACAGAACUGUACAUUCCUUAUACUUUAAAUGUAGUGGAAUGGGCAAUGCUGCAGGAUAUGAAAUCAGGGAUCAAAAGGAAAUAUUGGCUUUCUUUCUGGUGAAAUAUGCAAUUAUACUGUUAUUAAUGGUUUAUCUACUGGAGGAGCAAAAAUGAAUUAUUCCUUCAUUUCUAAAAUUUAAGAUUUUAUUUUUGUGUGCGCACAUUUUCUGGAACAUUCUGUCUGCCAAGUCUGAUGUGUAAUUUAUAAUGUUGUAGCUGUGCAAAUCUUUGUAAAUAUAUAUAAUACCAGAUCACUUUAAUAUUUUGUAUUGAAGGAAGAGAAAAUGUUAAUUUCACACCAUUUUUGGUCAACUGGUAACAGUUUGUAUCACAGAGUCAUGACGCAACUAAUUCAGGGUUGUUCUGUGAACAGAUUUGUGUGGUGUGUUCAGACUUGAUCUACGGUCUAGUGUUCCUGUGAUCUAUAUGCUACUUUGCUGUACAGAUGUAAAAAGUAACAAAAAAAAAUGGAAAUAAUAUUGCAUUGGUGUGCUUUUUAUUUCAUAAGAUUUUUAAACAUGUUAAAGUAAUAUAAAUCCACUGGAAAUGUUCUGUAAAAUGCUAUUGUUCCCUGUUUCUGUGGAGAACAGGGGGUAUGAAUAAAUAAAGCACUGAGCGGGAA